CACUUCCUGUAAAAUUAUGCUCAACAGAAACAGCUACAUGUGAAACGCAGACAAAAACCCGGGCGCUGUCGGAGAGGAGAGGGAGAAAAUGGACGACUUCUCGGCCUCACUAGAAGAAGUUUCUUCAAUGAAUGGCGUGGCCUAAAAGCACUGGGGCUGCGUGAGAGUCCGAGGAGCUGCCAUGGAACACCUGGACUUCAGGGCGACACGACACCUCCAAGAGAGAGAGUUUGACAGGAAAGUCGAUUACCGAGCAGAGAGACGCGAGUAUUUACGGGGACGCAACAACGUGACUUCGUGUCGAAGUCCCACCAGAGAGCUCGACACGAGACAGAUCAAGAAGCAGCUAAAGCAAAAGAGGCAGUGGGAGUUUUUGAACCGGAGGUCGCUGAGUCCGGAGCCUCAGAGCUCAAAGUGCAUCAUCUGCUCCACGGAUCUGUCCUCGCUUUCAGAGUCACAUCUGUACAGACUCAACAGAUCAAGGAGCAAAUCUGAGAAACUGGUCACAAAAACGCAAAGCUUUUCCUCUGCAGAUGGGCAUCAAGAGAUGAUUCUGACACCAGAGAGCAGAAGUGAUUGUCCAAGCACCAACAAAUGGGCUUUGCUGUGGUCAGAAUCAGCACCGGUAACUAAAGAGGAGAAAGGUCAGGCGAGGAAACAGACAUCUACCUCCACCACAGAAACCAGCCAACACAGGAGAAAAACUCAGAACACAAGCACCAAAACAGUGAAUAAGAUCGCAACGAUUCACCAGAAAUCAUCUGUACAAACUGAAAGAAAGAUACAGAAAGAAAUCAGUGUGCAAACAGAGUCCGGGUUCGUCACGGUCAAAGAAUCAGAAGUUCAGAGAUUAUCAGACUACUUGCAGGAAGCCCUGUGGAGAGAGGAGAGAGUCAAGAAGAAGCUGGCCGUCCUAACGGAGAUCUCCACAAACCUCGUGAACUCAUCAGAUGUGCUAUGGACGUCUCGCUGCAGUGAGGAUCUGCUGAGAAGCAAGAUCAAGGUUCUGGAGGCGCAGCUGCAAGUCUGUCGGCAGAAGUUUCCUAAAGAUGGAGUGAAGAAACUGAUGCUACAGAUGGAGAAGCAGAGGGGAACGUAUGAGGAGAAGGCCUUGGUUGCUCUGCAGAAAGCCACUCAGGAGAAAGCUGACGCUCUCUGCCAGGCUGGGACGCUGCAGGAAGCACUCGUUACGGCGCAAGCAGAGGCACUGAGGUGGCAGAGCCUUUACAAAGAGCUGAUGCUGAGCUCUGGACAGCUCAGGGAGAAUCACCACCUCAGCAAUGACCAGCUGCAGCAGCUGCACACUGAAGUCCAGCUGUCCAGAGCCAGAGAGGCCGAGCUGAGGGGGGAGGUGGCAUCGCUGAGGCAGGAAAAGCAGGAGCUUCAGUACAACAUCUGCCUCCUGGAGGAGGAUAACCAGGCUCUAAGAGACGAAAUCCAGAACCUUCAAGAUGGCGGCGACGAGGCCCAGAGCUUCUUCGUUCAGGAGCGUCUCGAGUCGGGCCAUGUGGAGCCAAAACUGACCGUCAGGAGGGACUCGCAGGUGGAAGAGGAGCUCCGACUCACUCAGGAGAAACUGGAGCUUAAGGAGAAGGAGUGUGAGGAGCUGCAGACGGAGCUGCACGCCAUGGAGCAGGAGUGUCAGUCCAGCCAGGCUCGACUGUCGCAGUGCAGAGACGAGCUCCGGCAGCUCAGCCACCGCCGCAGGAGACCGAUGCUGUGCAACUCUUGGUGGAGGUUUUGUCUCUUCUUCCUCCUGCUCCUCGCUGUGGCAGGGGUUGCCAUGUUGUGGUCAUGGCAUCCCCCUUUCAGGGAGCAAGUGGAGGUCCUGUGCACAGACAUAGAGACAAGAAUAGAAGACUAUCUCAUGGAAAUGGCCUCUCCUCAAAACUCUGGCUGUUUUAGGCCAAUAUGACAGUUUGGCGUUUUAAAAUUGGCUGUCGUUUCCUACCGUUGUAGAUUCCAUUUUUAGUUUUAAAACUUUUAGUAUGAAUGUACGUGUGUUAGUUUUCAGACUUGGAACUCAUGAGCUUGUUGCGACGUGUUGAAAAUGUGGCGGGUGUACUGUACGUUUGUGCAGAACGAUAAAAUGUUGAAAGUGACUUAAAGUUGUUUACAGCACACAGCAACGACUUUUCAGAAACUGAGUCUAAACAUCAGGUUUGUGCAAGAACAGGGAUGAUCUUUUGUACUGUAAAGGGACUGUGUGGCCAGAAUUAAAGCCUUAAUUAAGAUUAAAUUCAUUCAUUUAAAUAUUUUGUCAUUAACAACGUGAAGAAAGGCUGACCCUGUUGCCUUCCUUUUUCUCAAACCUAGAAAUCUCCUGGAUCUAUUAAAGUAAAACUUAAACAAUCAAAUCAGUUGUUGUUGGUUUGUUUUUUUGGUUUUUGUGGUUAUUCAUUUGAAUAAUUGUUUGAAAGGGCAUUAAAAGGAAAGAGGAACCACACAGCUGUGAAAGGUCUGCAGCAGAUGAAGUAGAAAUACAUCAUUACUUCUGCAUGCAGCCCAGCUUAAAAUGGAAAAAAAAGUGAUCUUUUAAUUUCCUGACAUGUUUCAUCUGACUGUUAGUAAUGUUGGCAUUUUGUAGCAGACCAGCCAGAGUCCUGACUUGAGAAUUUGUGGUGAUGGCAAGGAGGCUUUUCAACCAAAAACGUGGAGCUCAUCACCAUAAAUCAUCACAAAAAAAAGAACAAACAGUGAAAUAUAUUCACUGUUUUCAGAAGAAAAUAAAUAAUUGUCAAUAUGUUUUAAUAAAAUGGAGAUACAA